CUGAUUCAAGCACAUUGUUAAAAUACCUAUUUAAUGUCUAUAGAAAACCUUUCUUAAGAUGACUGGGAGGAUUCCAGCACGAAGUUACCUGAAACCAGCAAACGUUUCGUCGACAGCAGCUGGUCAUAGCUACUACUUUGCAGACACAGCUAGCUCUGAAAACGACACUGUGGAAGAAGAUGUAGAUGAAUACGAACUUAGACCACGGGGCAGAGAGAAAAACCGUAGAAGCACCUCGAAAGAGCGUCUUGAUGAUAUCAUAUUGAUAAGCAAGGAUAUAAGCGAAGGAGACACCUUAAAUUCUAUAGCUCUUCAAUACUGCUGCACUGUUGCCGAUCUUAAGAGGGCCAACAAUUUCAUUAAUGAGCAGGACUUCUUUGCACUCCGAUCUAUAAAAAUUCCUGUGAAAAGAUUUAGUGUAUUGGCAGAAUCUUAUUUCUCACCAAAGGGAAAGGCCUCAAGAACUGUAUCUUUUCAGCCAUCUCUGGAAGACCAAGAAAGCAACCAGUCUAUUUCAACACUCUCCUCUGAGACGGCUGACAGUUUCCUACAAGAAGUAGAUAGAGAUAUCGAAAAGAUUGUAAAGUGUACAGACACCACAAAGGAAAACCUUCAUGAAGUAGUCUCUGCCUUAACCGAAGAACUAAACUUUGAGCUGGAACAUAAACCUGUCAAGCAAAAGGACCCUUACUUUGGUGCAGACUGGGGGUUGGGUUGGUGGACAGCAGUUGUAGUAAUGGUAAUUGUAGGAAUCAUCACUCCAGUAUUUUAUUUCCUUUAUUAUGAGGUUCUGGUAAAACCUAAUACAAGUCACUUCCCAGCUACUAACUCAUCGCACAUCGCAGGGCCUUCAUAGGAUUCUAUGAAUAUUAAAGUGUUUUAGUGAACCUAGGUAUCCUCUUAUACCACUGGUAUGGCAUAUUGCCCAAUGGAUGCAGCCUACUUAUUGGUGGGGGGGCUGGGACAGACCUCAAUCAUUGUUGGCUUUAACAGUCAUAAUAUUUAUAAAAUGAUAUAUUUGUGAACUACACCACUGCAGCUCACCUUUACCUUGGGGGGUCCUAUUUUGGAUUCAAAGGCUCAUGGUUCCAGUAACCCCUCUUCAAUCAACCUGUGGAUGGUACCUGAGAUGAAAGGCAGACAAUAGGACUCUACCCGCACAGCCCUGACCUUGAAUGUUUUUCUUCCUCAAUAAAAAUAAAAGGGCAUUGUAUUCUUGCACAAGGAGUAUUGAUAGAUUUUACAGCCUUAUAUAAUGCAGUAUAAAAUUAAAUUGACUUUGUUCUUAUGCACAUUGUGAAAUGUAUUCGCUUACAAAGUUGCAAGACCUUUUAAAUUAAAAUGUAUUUGUAUGUUAACUAAUAAGGGUAAAAGGUCUCCACUCUGCAGUGUUUUAGUAGUUAAGUACUAUCAGAGCUUUAAUUGUAUUUUUGUUGUUCUUGUCGCUUUCUUAAGACCUUAUUAAUUUAGGUGGAUGAGGCAGGCUUGUCCACAUAUUACUUAUUGAUUUUGUAUAUAGAGUGCUAUGAUAUUGAACAGAAUAUGACAAGUAGUGCAUAACAUAACAACUUGUGCUUACAAAAAACAAA